CAAGAACUACUGAAGAAGAAAACUCUCUCUCGUCUCGUCUCGUCUCGUCUCGUCUCGUCUGUUCUCAAAUUCUCUGUUUAUCUGUAUAUGGAAGACGAUCAAACUAUGAAAGUCUCUCCGAUCAAGUUUCCCGCCGCUUACUCUUCAUCUUCAGGUUAUAAUUGUGCGUUUUCGGCCGGAAAGGAAGAAAUUUCAGUUUCAGAAGGCGAUGUUCGAAUUCUUACUUCUGGAGGAUUAAGAAUUCCGGUGCACUCCAGCGUUCUGGCUUCGGUUUCAUCUGUAUUGGAGAAUAUUUUAUAUCGGCCCCGAAAGGAUCGGAAAUCAGAGACGAUCGUCCCCAUUCUAGGUGUUCCUUGCGAUGCGGUGCUCGCUUUUGUCCGAUAUCUCUAUUCUUCCAGAUGCUCGGAGGAUGAAAUGGACAAAUACGGGAUCCAUCUACUAACACUGUCUCACGUCUUCUCGAUACGCCAGCUCAAGCAGAGAUGCACCAGAGGGUUAGCUGCGCGUUUGAACGCAGACACCGUGGUGGACGUGCUUCAGCUAGCAAGGCUCUGCGACGCGCCGGAUCUUUACGUCAAAUGCAUGAAGUUGCUCUCCAAAGACUUCAAAACCGUCGAGAUGACCGAAGGCUGGAAAUUCUUGCAGAGUCACGACCCCAUGCUCGAGCUCGAAAUCCUUCAAUUCAUCGACGAUUCUGAAUCGAGGAAGCAGCGAAGGAGUAGAGAUAGGGAGGCGCAGAGUCUGUAUCUGCAGCUUAGCGAAGCAAUGGAGUGCUUGGAGCACAUAUGCACAGAAGGGUGUACGAGUGUGGGUCCUUACGAUAAGGAGCCGAGCAGGAAAACAGGACCAUGUAAGAAGUUCUCCACGUGUCAAGGCCUGCAACUCCUGAUUUGUCAUUUUGCCACGUGUAAUAAGAGGGUCCACGGUGGCUGCAGUCGGUGCAAGCGGAUGUGGCAGCUUUUCCGACUCCAUUCCUCCAUCUGCGAGUGCGACCAAUUUGAUUCCUGCAAGGUCCCUCUUUGUAGGCAAUUCAAGUUGAAAACGCAAUUAGUGAAAAAGGGUGAUGAUGCAAGGUGGAGACUACUAGUGAGGAAAGUGAUGGCGGCCAAAGUCAUGACUUCCUUGUCGUUGCCCAAAAAGCCAAUGAGAAAGCACUGGGGGGAAACAACAAGAAAACUACAACAUCAGAAGAGGUGACAUGGACGAUGGAGAUGAAUUCUUUCUCCUU